CAGUUUUGGCGAUGGAAAUGGAUUUUGGGCCCUUUUCGACGACGGGAAAUGUGCAUCGACACUUGGACGGAGGAACAGGUGGAACAGCGGAGGAAAUCGAAAACAACGACCUCGGCGGACAUCUGGGCGAAAAAAGACGACGAGAAAAGGGCAGGAUUUGAUGGAAAUGGGGUUGUUCUCGCCGUUGAUCUCCUCAACCCCAGCCCGGCUGCUGAGGCCCGCAAGCACAAGCUCAAGACCCUUGUGCCUGCUCCCCGCUCCUUCUUCAUGGACGUCAAGUGCCCCGGCUGCUUCACCAUCACCACUGUUUUCUCCCACGCCCAGACCGUCGUCAUCUGCCAGGGCUGCACCACUGUCCUCUGCCAGCCCACCGGUGGUAAGGCUCGCCUUACCGAGGGCUGCUCUUUCCGCCGCAAGUAG